UUUGUCUUCUACAGGUAUGCUGGUUCAGGAGUGAUUCAGAACCACAUGUAGCAUCAAAAUCAAGAUUAAGAAUUGUAGUAUCAAGAUCAAGAUCAAAAUCAACAUUGUGGAGUAAGUCCACCUUUCUUGGCGAGGAUUCUGAAGAAUUGAAGAAUGCUUCCUCUAACUCAGCAACUCAAAGGCUGGAGAUGUCUGGCUUCACUCCGCCAGUAUUACUGCCACCAUAGACUGGUCAUCUCUUCACUAGCCAAAUCAGAGUUGGAGAACAGUACUGACCAAGGGAACUCGUUUGGUCGUCUUGCAGCAGGAAGACAAGAAAACAGAUUGAAGAAAGAUAAUAAUGGUUCCUCUAGAAAAUUCCCCAAACAUAAUACAGGCUUUCCUGAGUCAGCUCAUUCGAACUCAUCUGGAAAACUCCCCAAACAUAAUAGAAGCUUUCUUGAACCAGCUCAUUCUGAUUCAUCAAGGAGUUUAUCAGGACUCUCCAAAGAAGAUAUUCUUGAGAAGUGGCAUCAAUUCAGGAAUGACAAAUAUCAAGAGACUCAAGCCAGGUGGGGAAGUGAUCAGCAGGAUGAUGCUGAGGAAGACUAUAACUACUUUGUCUCUAGGAGUGCCUUUAGGUCUGGGGAUAAGGGUGGGAAAGAUUCAUCUCAGAAGACUGUGGAAUCUUUAAAGAAAGAUGCAAUUGAUAUUUCCAGUAAAAAAGAAACAUUACACAAGCCUGUGAAAAAAAAGGGAAACUUUGGAAGCUUGAGUCCCCUAUAUGAGGAACCAGAGGGUGAUGAUGGGGACCUAAAGGAGGAGAGAUAUCAAAGUGCCAAGCUGGAGAGGAAGCAUCGACCCAACUUCUAUGGAUUCAAGAUGAAGAAACUCUGCAAUGAAAGAAAGUUGGGUGAGGCAAUUAAGGUUCUGGAAGAAGAGAUGCCAGCAGCUGGAUCCAAGCCAAAUAACUACUGUUUCCAGGUUUUGAUUAAUGCCUGUGGUCAUGCUGGCUAUACCAAGAAAGCCUUUCAACUCUACAACCAGAUGAAGAAGCGUGGCCUCAAGGUGGAACCUGUUGCAUACACAGGGCUGUUCCUUGCGUGUGCCCACUCACCAUGGCCCACCAUUGAUGGUCUUCAGCGAGCUACACAUUUACGUUCAUAUCUCCUGGAGAAGAACUUCCAAUUCAAUCAGAUUAUCUGUCAUGCUAUGAUCAAAGCAUUUGGUUGGUGUGGAGACAUGGGCACUGCAUUCCAGGUGGUGGAUGAGAUGAUUCAAGAUGGAAUAAUGGUGACAACUGAGACAAUGAGUUUUCUCCUGCAGGCAUGCAUCACCAACAAAGAGGCUGGCUUUUGGCAUGCUGUGAAGGUGUGGAGAAAAAUGAGGGAGUUGAAACUGCAGCCAAACAUACACUCUUACAAUCUGCUAAUGCGUAUCAUAAAGGACUGUGGUGCUGGGGAUCCCAAAUUCAUUAUUGAUUUGCUUAAGGAAGAUGACCAACACAGCUUAAAGAAAACAGACCCAUCCAGAAAGCAUAACCUCAUCCCUGAAACAUCAAAUUUGAAGGUUAAAUCAUUAGAGUCUGAAAAGAACCUCAGAAACAUCCAAGAGGACAGUGUUGUGUAUCAUCUAGAAAAUAAUAAUAGUGCAGAGAAUGUGAAUAAGAAUCUAAGCAAGGGUGUGUUUCCUGAUAUCCUUGGCAAAAGAUUGGCUGCUGGGUAUGCUGUAGCUCUUGGUGCUCUGGAUCAUCCAUCAGACAGACUGGCACUUCUUGGUGGCCCGAGUAAUAUUCUAAUGCAGAUGAAAAGGGACAAAGUCAUACCAAACCUCAAGACCUUCACUCAGAUGCUGGAAUCACUGCCUCCUGAUACACAAGCUGAACAAGUACUUUUAGAAUCAAUGAAGAAUCUUAAGCUACAGCCUGACACUCAGUUCUUCAAUAUGCUUAUCAAGAAACGAAAUUUUAGGCAGGACAUAAAGGCAGCUCAGGAGGUGAUCAUCCAGAUGCAGCAUUACCACCUCCUUCCAGACAUCAUUACUUAUGGAUGUUUGGCACUGGGGUGUCACAACCUGCAUUGUGCCUCUCAGCUCCUAAAGGAUAUGGAUGCCAACUAUUUCCAGCCCAAUAUAGAAAUAAUGACUAUAUUGGUCAAGAACAGUUUAGUAAAACAAGAUUAUGCUUUUACUGUGGCCAUGCUGAAGAAGAUGCAAGAAAAAGCUAUAUCCCCUCACGAUUUCCUACUCUCCAGGCUGGAACAAGCCAGAAUAAGGGCACAGAACAUUCUUUUGGAUGAGGAUGAAAACAGCACCUUGAUACAAGAAAAAAAGAAGAGAGCUGCAAAGAUCUUUCUAUCAGCCUACAAGAUCUGGCUUAAGGAUUCAGAGGUUCAGCUCCCUGAACAUCCAUGGACCCAGUACCGCUAGUGCCAAGAUGACUGUCUACUUCAUGGAAUUACUUUAAUGUGUACAUACAUAUUUCAGUUCAGUGUUGUACAGAACUAAGUGAAUUUAAGGAAUUAAUUGUUUUUAAAUGCCUUGCCUUUGAGUAUUACAUGGCUUGUAACCUGCCUUCUCAAUAAACUUGCAUCUUUGUA